AUGAAUAGUUCACUACUCUGGGUGGUGUUUUUGGGCCUCUCGGCCACACAGGGCGCGGGGCUCUCUGAGUCGCAACGCGCAACACAAGCCGGGAAAAUUGAUCACCCACCAGAGACAACAGAUAUUCCUGAUCUGAGGCGCCGAGAGACCAGCCAGACUGCCACAUCUUAUCUAUUAACAAUUGCCCCACAUAACACUUGCGGGUAUCUUUCAGGACAACCCGGAAUCGACAUCACCUGCGAAAGCCAACUUACAUGUAUGUGGGUUACGUCGCGCGCGAUUAUCUGCGGUGAAGAAGGCGAUGCAAAUAACUGGAAGCGCUAUAACCGAUGUCAUGACAGUAGCUACGCUUUGGAUCCGAGUAGAUGUGCUAAUACUUGUGUGAAGAACAAAUUCAACCUUCUCUGUACGAAUGCCACGGCUCCCUAUUGUAUAACAUAUGCUUUCCCGUCUGGGGUUAGCUACUUCGAAUGUUCAGAAUCUUCGACAGAGCUUUUGACUGCUUCUUUUACCUUCAGUGGUCAGAUCAACGCAAGACUCAAAACCAGCACCAUUUACAUUGGUGCGAGUGAUUCUCAAGACACGGCAAUCACUGAAACCCCAACAGUCUCUUCCACAGCACCAUACUCAUCGUCUCCUACCUCUACUUCAUCAUCAUCUUCCCCGCCAUCAUCAUCCAACCAGAUCAAUCUUGGAGCCAUCAUUGGUGGAGCGGUUGGAGGAUUUGUGGCUAUUUCCCUUGUGGCCCUGGCAAUCUUUUGGACUAUCAGAAAGUCAAGGAACGACAAACGUCGUCAGUCGAUGCAAGUUGAUCCAUUGGCUCAUAGUGGUGGAAAGAAGGAGGCACAAAUCGACUGGAGAAGCUCAACAGCGACGGCACUAAGCUGGCCAACUUCCGCCUCACCACAAACUGGAACAGGCCAACCGACAUCACCAAGUGCACUCAGCGAAACAUCACAGGGUAUAAUGUCGCCUAUGAGGCCACAAAUGACUCACGAGAUGAGCGGAGAAUCUGUUCACUCGCCACCACAUGAGUUGGCGGACUCUAGAAUCUAUGAGAUGGGAAGUGGUUCUGCUGAUCGUUGA